GCGCUAUAGAGGAGGCGCUGUACAGUGACUGAGAGCGGCCAGCUGUUUGAAAGCAGCGCACAACCAUCACUUGUGCCGCAUCAAGUGCAAUCAACGUCAAUCAGCGCCAAACCACAAGAGAAUCGUGAGGCGCGCGUCAUAUACUUUGACUUCUGAGACCUCACCCAAGAGACUGUGGACACCAGCAGAUCUGAGCGCAGUGAGCAGGAGCGUGCCAACAGAAAAUAUGGGAAGAAAGAAAAUACAAAUCUCACGCAUUUUGGACCAAAGAAAUCGACAGGUGACUUUUACCAAGCGUAAGUUUGGUUUGAUGAAGAAGGCUUACGAGCUGAGCGUGCUGUGUGACUGUGAGAUCGCCCUCAUUAUCUUCAACAGCACCAACCGCCUCUUCCAAUAUGCCAGCACAGACAUGGACAAAGUACUGCUCAAGUACACAGAGUACAGCGAACCACACGAGAGUCGCACCAAUACAGACAUACUGGAGACACUCCGUAGAAAAGGCCUUGGUCUGGAUGGCUCAGAGCUGGACAGUGAGGAGAGCAUGCAGGUUGUGUCAGAUAAGUUUGGUCUGAGUGAAGGGAUGGACCUGUCUGUGGCCCGCCAGCGCUUCUAUCCUCCCUCUCUGCUCACCCCAGAAGCACAGUUCCUGGUUUCAUCCAGCUGUGAGAACGGACCACCAAAUUCCUCACAUAUGGGAGCCCACAGACCCCCCGGGCACAAACCACUGAGCUCAAGACCAGGAUCUGUCAGUCCAGCUGCUGCACAUCCUCACAGCGCCUUUAUGUCUCCACACUCAGGUAUUGGCUACUCUGUGUUUGCCCAUGGAAACCUUAACCGAGGUCUGGAGAUGAAGACCCCGCCUCCCGCUCUAGGCCUGAGUCCUGAGGGGCUGAGGGACACCCAAGCCAACCAGGGAUUAGGGCCUCGCAACAGCCAUCACUCUGCUAGGGGUCACUUAUACCAGGGUUUACACUCAGGUGGCUCCAUUGUGGCUAUGGGCAAAACAGGACUUCUGGGCCACAGUCUGGGAGGGUAUGGCAUGGGCUCUCCUACAACAUCUGACUACCAGUCUGGAUUUUAUCACAGUCUACAGCGAGCUGCAGUGAACCAAUGGCAAACAUCACAGCCACUGCAGGACCCCCACGGGAAUCAUAUAAAUCCAGGGAUAUCCAGUGGAGGGUGCUCUUUCCCAUCUCAGCCCUGCUCCUCCACCUCCCCUCACCUGCCCUCUCUGAACCUCCACAUCAAAUCGGAGCGUGCCUCACCGGACCACAUGUCCUCACCUUCCUCUCCUCCUCUGCUCCAACUCAAAGACCGCUCUCCAAUCAGCAACCCUGAUUCCACUCGGCCCAGCCCACCACACACGCAACCGGCCAAUCAGAUGAAGGAGCUCUCCAAAGGUCACUCCCACAGCGAGGAGGAGAUGCUCAGACCAAUGGAGCUCAGUGACACCUGGCAGAGAUAGCUACAUUCAGUUAUGCCAUUGCUCUCACACAGAUGGAGUGGAGUGGUAACUAAUUGUCCACAGCUUGGACAUUAAAAAUAGAGCUGGUCUCUCCUUGGAGAUUUUUUUUUUACUGUAUUGGGAUUAAUAAUGAAGAUAGAUGUAUAUGUUUUGAAUAAUCUCAAAGGAGUUAAACAACUUUCUUUCUUAAGCUUUUGCUAACGGUUAGAAAAAGCAGCAUAGUGCAACCAGUUACGCACUCCUAGUCAUACACAUGCCUUAUAUUCAGACCUAUUCACAAACUUUUUUACCUACUAUGCAUUAAAUGGGCACAAAUGCUUUCCUGUUUCUCUUUCUUCUAACACAGCACCACAGGGGAUCAUGAAUACAAGACUAAAGAAUAAAGUAUCUUUUUAGUGAUCAUAAUGUUGAAUGCUGGAUUAGUAGUGCUAUAAAAUGUCCCACAAACCUCAAACUAAAUUGUUCAUUUUGAUACACCAACAUAAAUACGUACAUUUUGGCACGUUUUUUGUUUUUUAGAUGUAUGCAAUUUAACAAUGUUGUUGACUUUCUUCAGCAAACCUGCUAUGACUUUGAUUUCAAUAUCAGGACGAUCAUUUAGAACACUUGAUUGUAUUGAGUGUAGUGAGAUUAUGUUCUCUUGUUUCUGCCUUGAAGCUGAUUACACAUUGUGUUAUGUUAUGCUGUAGUUUUAAUUAAAACAAUAAUUUCAAAAGGGCUAAUGAAUUACAACUAAAUUAUCUAUGUUUUGCUAUGUUUCCUCUUUUGUUAUAAAACUUUGUAAUAUAAAGAUUUGUGUUUCUACUAUGGCCACAAGGGGACCCUAGUGUAGCUCAGGCUUUAUAUGUGAAAUAAUAAAUGAUUAAAUGAAACUGUGUGGCCAGACUUGGCUUGAGCUUUCACCAAAAAUCUGUUAAGCUGUUCUCCACACCAGGCCUGUCCAAAAUAAUGAUGCUGUUAUUAAUUAUUAUAAUGAAUAUCUUCAGUAUUAUGUGUGUCAGUGUGUUUUUCAUAUCUUAGGCUCAUUUGAUGUGAUUGCUUCAAUAAAAAAAGAGUUUGAUUGGUAAAUUCCUGUUUCACACUGUCAUUUCUGUGUGUCUUUGAGGUAAAUUGUGUCUCCCAGAGCUGCUGUUUGCUCUUUUAUGUGAGCACAGAUGAAAUGAUGUCCACUGUGCGGCUAUCACA